AUGUUUAAAUUACGAACUCAUACAGUCAAACAGUGGCUUCUUUAAAGAUUUCGUAAAUCUGUCAAUAGUUAAUACAUUACAGAUCCAAGGGAAGAAGUAUAUAAUUAAUUCUAUUCAGGAAUAUAAAUAAGAAUUAGCAUUACUAUUUGCUAAAUUUGAUUAGGAAGGAAAUGGUAAAAUUUUAAAAUAUGAAUUACUUACCCUUCUUAACAAAUAUGGAAUCAUUAUCAAUGAAUAAGAAUUAACAGCAUAUAUUAAAUAAGCCAAUUCUAAAAGUGGCCGCUUUAUAACAACCGAAUAAUUCAAAUAAUGUGUUUUAAAUGAAAAAUCAAAAUUAUUCCUCAAAAAACUAAUUAAUAAAACUAAUGAAAAAAAUCCUCAAAAUUAUUUUCCUACGGAUAUUACAAAAGUUUUAAAUUAGGUUCAUUACUUAAGUUAAAGAAGCAGACUCUUAUCAUAAAUUGAAGACAAAUUAAUUCCAAAUGAAUAAAAACUAUAACCUUUGAGUAAACUAAUGAACCUUAGUCGUGAGAUCACUGUAGCAGAACAAAGACCAUAAUCUAAAUGUCCAUUACUGAGAUUGCCUAGAGCUAAGUCAACUUGUACUACCAAUUAUAAUAGCUUAUCUACAGCUAUAACUUAACCUUCUACAUCAAAUUCGAGAUUUGGAGAUAAUCGUAUAUCUUUUAGAAAGCAUCCUACUCAAUAUUAUGAAUGA